CCAGAAAUCUUCAUCGAAGAAGAUUCACAAACAUUUAUCAAAAGAAUCUCGGUGAAAUCAACAAAACCAAAGUUGGAGAAAUGGAGACAAAAUGGAUCGACAAUCUGUGGAGGAAAUGGAAGAGGAGGCAAAUCAUAUCAACUUUCAAGUCCUGAAGGAAUAUUUAUCGACAAACAUCGAAAUAUUUUCAUUGCGGAUUCGGGGAAUCAUCGAAUUGUUCGAUGGAAAAAAAAUGAAAAUCGAGGAACAAUUGUGGCUGGUGGAAAUGGAAAAGGAAAUAGUUUGAAUCAAUUGAAUCACCCAACAGAUAUGAUUUUCGAUGAAGAAACUAAUUCACUCAUCGUUGCUGAUUAUGGAAAUCAAAGGGUAAUGUGGUGGUUUUUGAACGAAGAUCAACCGGAGAUUUUCUUAAAAAAAAUCGACUGUUGGCGAUUAACAAUGGAUAAAUUUAGAUGUGUUUAUAUAUCUGAUGAUAUAGAACAUGAAGUGAGAAGAUGGAAAAUGGAAGAAGACGGCAGAGGAAGAAUAUUCGCUGGUGGAAAUGGAAGAGGAGAUCAACUUCAUCAGUUACAAUUUCCAAAUUUUAUGUUUGUCGAUGACGAACAAUCGAUUUAUGUUUCAGAUGUGGAAAACCAUCGUGUAAUGAAAUGGAGAAAAUACGCAGAGGAAGGAAUUGUUGUUGCUGGUGGAAAUGGAAGAGGAGACAAUCUGAAUCAAUUGAAUUGUCCUGAAGGAAUCAUUGUUGAUCAUGAGGGUCGAAUUUAUGUUGCAGAUGGUGGGAAUCAUCGAAUAAUGCGAUGGUGUGAAGGAGAUGAAGAAGGUGAAAUAAUUGUUUGUGGAAAUAGAAGAGGAAAUGAACCCAAUCAAUUGUCUUAUCCUCGCAGUUUAUCAUUUGAUGAUGAAGGAAAUCUUUAUGUUGGUGACAAGGAAAAUGAUCGAAUUCAACGAUUUGAUUUGAUCAUUUGA